AUGGUGCUUGACAAUCAUUUUCGGCCAGCACGAGACUUUCUGGAUCAGUUGACGGGAGUUCAGAACACAGUUGAGUUUCUGGUCCUUCUUGCGAUAAUCGUCAUGACGCAUCAGUGGAUGACCACACCGUCACCGGUGCAACCUCCCCAGGAAGAGGAAGAACCAGAUCCACCGCGCAACUUUACCAUGGAACAACUCAAAUACUUCGACGGGACCAAAGACGAGAAAAGCGACGAGGACAAGCCCGUGUAUCUGUCCGUCAAUGGACAAGUAUUCGACGUGACGGAUGGGAAAGAUUUUUACGGCCCGGAUGGGCCCUACUCUAAUUUUGCGGGACACGAAUGCGGGGUGGCAUUGGCUAAAAUGAGUUUUGAUACCGAGCAUUUGGACGAUCUGGAAGGAUGUGCCGCUCUACCGCCCAGUGAAAAGUGCGAGUUGGAAGGAUGGAUUGAGAAAUUCACCUAUUAUCGACCGUAUCCCAUCAAAGGUCGAUUGGUUCCCGAUGCGGUAUUGAAACCUUUGGCGGAUCGAGAAUUGAGCAAGGAAGAAUUGGCCAAGCACAAUGGAUCUCAAGAGACGAAAAUUCCAGAGGGAUAUGCCACGGCACCAAUCUACUUGGGAGCAGGAGACAAAGUGUACGAUGUUUCCUUUGGAGGAGUGACAUUUUAUGGUCCCGAGGGAGGCUACCAUCGUUUUGCCGGAAAGGAUGCCUCACGGGCACUGGCCAAAAUGAGUUUUGAACCCGAGGACGUUGAAAACACCAGUAUCGAUGAUUUGGAAGACAAACAGAAAAAGAUUUUGGACGAUUGGAUCGCAACAUUCGGCGUAAAGAAAAAGUAUCCUGUGGUUGGAAAAUUGAAGAAAUAA